AUGUCUGUGGAUCAGUACGAGGCAGAAUUUUCUAGAUUAUCCAAGUUUGCCCCGAGAAUGGUGGAAGAUCCAUGGGAUAAGGCCCGAAGGUUCCGAGAUGGGUUGAAACCGGACCUUCAUGGUCAGAUGGUAUCUUUGAAUUUAAGAGAUUAUAAUGAGAUUUAUGAGCGGGCUCAGGCGAUUGAGCGUGACUUCGCGGAUAGAGCCGCUGCUUCUGGAUCGAGAUAUGCUCCGGUUAGGGACAAUCGUAAUUUUGGGAAAAGGCCGAUAUCGGGGAAUCAGCGUUUUGUCCCUCCCGCUAGGAAGAAUAUAGGGAAACCGAAUCGUUUUCAGAAUAGGCCGUGUCGCCUGUGUGGACAAAGGCACGGCAAUGGAUCUUGCCCAAAUAGAGGUAAAGCUUGUUUUGGGUGUGGCGGAAUAGUCCAUCAUAUAAGAAAUUGCCCCAACAUCAGGCAGACUGGAUCGCCUGUACAGUUACAGCCGCCCCGGCAAGGAAAUCGAAUUGGAGCUGCCCCUUCGACUAAUCAGAAUAGGCCGGCAGCCCAAGGACGAGUAUAUGCAAUGGCGAGAAGGGAAGUUGAGGACGCGCCAGGCGUGGUCACAGAACCGAAACCGCUUGAUGUUGUGUCGUUUGUUGCUACUCCAUUGAAUGAUAAAAUGCUAGUUUCGCUAGGCUGUUCGGAUUGCAAAAUUGUGAUUGGUGAUGUAGAAGAAAGAAUAGAUUUGGCUGUUCUACCUAUGUUUGAUUUCGAUGUGAUUGUGGGUAUGGAUUGA